GACGCGAGUUCCUUCCCAGAUUUACGUGGACGUGAUCCGUUAAGAGUUAGAAGGGAAGGAGCGAGUUUAAAUGUGAAAACCGAACAGAUCGACGGCCUUCGUCCUUCAGGUCGUUUCUUUCCUCUUCUUCUUCUGAUCCUGGAAAUUUAAGCUCUUGGAUCAUGAUCAGUUCUUCCGACUGAUGCGUUUUUAGACAAUUUGGUCAGAAGGGUUUUGUUGUUCUUCGGGUAUAGAUUCGGAUUCUUGGCGUUCUUGAUGGAUCUUGGCUUGAGUGGAUCUUUGCGUGGUAUUCAAUGAUAUGCCCACGUCAAAUGCGUUGCUACUCGCUGGGAUUUGAGGGGGACUUGGAUCUCUGCGAGACUUGGUUUCUUGGGUCCGGGAGGAGAUUCUUGUGGUCGAGGGAUUUGGGGGAGCCAUGUUUUGGAGGGAAAGGGAAAGGGACAGCAGAGAGCAGAACGGCGGCCCUCCUUGCGGCCAGGUCCGGGUCCUCGUGGUCGGAGACGCUGGUGUCGGAAAAACCUCUCUAGUUCAUCUAAUUGUAAAAUGUUCUUCAAUUGCUCGACCACCUCAAACAAUAGGGUGCACAGUGAGCAUGAAGCAUAUUACUUAUGGAAGUGCUGGCAGCUCUUCUAAUAGCGUAAAAAGUGAUGCAGAAAGGGACUUCUUUGUUGAGCUUUGGGAUGUCUCAGGACAUGAACGGUAUAAAGAUUGUCGAUCUCUUUUCUACACACAAAUCAAUGGUGUUAUAUUUGUUCACGAUCUCUCCCAAAGGAGGACAAAGACAAGCUUGCAGCGGUGGGCGACAGAAAUUGCCACAACUGGAACAUUUUCAGCUCCACUUGGUUCUGGUGGGCCUGGAGGUCUUCCUGUUCCUUACCUGGUUAUCAGUAAUAAAGCUGAUAUUGCUGCAAAGGAGGGCAUCAGGGGAAGCAGUGGAAACCUUGUUGAUGUCGCUCGCCAAUGGGUUGAAAAACAGGGCCUACUUCCAUCUAGCGAGGAACUUCCUUUAACGGAGAGCUUCCCAGGCAGUUCAGGCCUUAUCACAGCUGCCAAAGAAGCUAGAUAUGACAAAGAAGCUUUGAUUAAGUUUUUUCGCAUGUUAAUCAGGAGAAGAUAUUUUUCUGAUGAACUACCAGCACCAAAUCCAUGGUCUGUAGCUCCCAUGCAGAACUCCAUCCAACGUUUGGAUGAGAUUUCAAGUGAUGAUGAUCAAUUUCCAAAGAAAUUAAGCAGUCUAAGUGGUGAGAGUUACAAGUACAAUGCGCUCCCCCCUGUCCCUACUCAAAGAAAUCUAACACCACCUCCCACGCUCUAUCCGCAGCAGCCAAUGUCUACAUCAGAGAAUUACAGCUUUCAGCGAUUUUCAGCAUCUAGUUUGCCUGACAUGGCUAGCACCAGAUCAAGCCGAGCCGAUAUCAAUGUCUGACUAUAAAUUCAACCAACAAUUAUCCUCAAUAUAAAAAGGAGGCAUGCUGCAUACUGUGCAAAACUAUAUAUACCAGGAAGCAAUUUCAGCAGCUGCUGAAGAUAUAGUGGGAUUGACUGUUGCAUUUGAUAAAACUGUUUGUGAUGUGUUCUCUAGUUCGGAGUUGAUCUGCAGAGUCUGCGAAUUUGCCCUAGCCAUGCUGCUUGUAUAUGUGGUCUUUAGGUCUAUCUUGUGGAGAUUGCCAGCGAUUCUUUUACAUAUAUUCUUGCAGGGUGUAAAAACUCGGUUGUUUGUAAGAAUAAAAGAAACAUACUUUUAAUUCAUAUUAAAGAAGAAAAAUAAGUUGAUCCAUGUCC